UUAUUAAGACGGCCAGCCAGGCAUGUAUGUAAUUUUGCAGCACAAAAGUACAAACUGCGGAAGUGCAAAUAGACUAGAAGAAGACUGAAACAGAGAGAGAGAUGGAGAAGAGGGUGCCAAUUCUGCUGCUGCUGCUGCUGCUCUCAUUGGAAAUCACUGUUCAAGCAUGGCCAUUUUCGGCAGAGAAGUGGGUCGUUGAUGGGAAGGUAUUGGAGUUGGACGAUUUCAACUUCGAUUCCGCCAUUGCCGCCUUCAACUAUACAUUGGUCGACUUCUACGCUCCCUGGUGCAUCCAUUGCAAACAUCUUUCUCCUGAGUUGGAUAAAGCUGCCCCUGCACUUGCUGCUUUGAAAGAACCUAUAGUGAUAGCUAAAGUAAAUGCAGACAAGUUUACUCGGCUUGCUACUAAAUACAACGUUCGUGGAUUUCCUACUUUGAAGCUCUUUGUGCGUGGUGUUCCAUUGGACUAUAAUGGACCAAGGAAAGCAUAUUUACUUGUUCAUUAUCUAAAGAAAUUGGUGGCCCCUGAUGUCUCCAUACUUGAUUCUGACACUGCUAUUAGUGGCUUUGUCGAGGCAGCUGGAGCUGACUUUCCCAUAUAUAUUGGUUUUGGAUUGAAUGGAUCUGUUUUAUCAGAUCUGGCAACGAAGUACACGAAAAAAGCAUGGUUUUCUGUGGCAAAGGAUUUCUCAGAGAACAUGAUGGUCUUGUAUGAUUUUGACAAAGUUCCGGCUUUGGUUGUCCGUCAUCCUAGGUACAUUGAACAGAGCGUCUUCUAUGGCCCCUUUGAAGUGGAGUUUUUGGAGGAUUUUGUAAAGCAGAAUAUGUUUCCUCUGGCUAUGCCAAUAACCUAUGACACGUUAAAAUUGUUGGACAAUGAUGAAAGGAAAAUUGUUCUGACAAUUGUAGAGGAUGAGGACGAAGAGAAGUCAAAGAAACUGAUUAGGAUAUUAAAGUCUGCUGCAUCUGCAAAUCGAGACUUAGUAUUUGCUUAUGUUAGUAUCAAACAAUGGGAAGAGUUUGCUAAUACAUUCAGUGCCAAUAAGAAGACAAAACUGCCAAAAAUGGUUGUUUGGAAUCGAAAUGAGGAUUACCUUACUGUUAUUGGCUCAGAAAGCAUUGAUGAAGAAGAUCAGGCAUCACAAGUCUCGCGAUUUCUUGAAGGUUACAGGGAAGGGAGAACAAUAGAGACAAGAAUCAGUGGUCCAUCAAUGCUUGGCUUCAUAACUUCACUAAUCAGCAUCAAGGCUGUGUACCUCAUUGUUUUUGUGGUUGCGGUUAUCAUGGUUAUACUAAUCAUCAAAGGACAUGAAGAACCACUCAGGGUUGGCACUCAAGAGGAAGGGAAUCAAUUUAGCCGUUUAGUCCCUGAAACUGAAAGUAAGGAACUUAAAUCUGGGGAAAAGGAAGACUAAAUAGUGAUUUUCUGACUGAAAUAAUCUUCUAGUUCAAAUAGGUGAAACCGAGAAGGAUGGGCCAACAAGACCAACCUACGGUACAAAAGUUUCUCAAAAAGUUGUAAUUUAUCCAAAACCAAGUUAGGGUGUUUUUGUUCUUUUUUUUUUUAUUAUAAAUUUCUUAAUAAUAGAUUAUGGAAGUGUUUUUCUUGUGGCUUAUGAUGGUGUUUGGACCUUGGGAUAUGCUAUUUAUGCAGCGAAUUAGGAGGUAUUGUACAGUGUAAUUAUUCGUUUGAGGUCGAGGGGUACAAACGUUGAAUGCUUUGCUUGAUAAUUUGAGACGAGUGAUUGCAUGAUAAUUACAAAAAAUAGAUAUACCCUUCGGACUGGUUCAAUUUGAAUAA